AUGAGACCAGUCCCUGGGCUGCAUAAAUGCUUCUCUAUAAUGCAGAUAGGAAUACGGCUGGUAACACGUACAUACAAAGCAGAAAGAAUCAUGACACUGGAUGGAAACUCGAGCCACUGCUUUUCGAUAUUUCUCAGCAGGAAGUCUGGGGUCAUUUGUAGGACAUUGUCGUCACAAAACACUGCAUUAAGUGAAAAAUCCUGUGGAGCAACAAUCAAUGUGCAGCAUAUAGAAGGAGGACAGGUGACUCUACCUGUAGAUGAAAUUGGGAUCAGAAACAUUUCCUGGAGAAGAGCGAGUGAACUGACCUAUAUUACUAGAACAGAGCCAGGAAAGCUUCACCUCAUUCAAAGUAGUCCAUAUAAAGUACGCCUCAAUGUCACAGCAGAUGGAUCCCUCAUAAUUACCAAACUCCACAAAGGAGACCAAGGACUGUACAGAGCAGAAAUAGUGAGAAGAACAUUGGACCACUGCGUACAGCUCUAUGACCUCAAGGUGCCCGGAGCAGAAGAACUGGUAGAUUACAAAGCAUUAAACUUGGCUCGUCUGAUACUAUCUGUGUUCUUGGUUGUUAUCAUCUGCUGUGUGUUGAUCCACCACCUGAUGGAGUCUUCCACAUAGACAACCAUACCGAUGAUUAAAUCUUACUAGGCCUCGGAUCAGACUAGUGAAGGUCUUCAGAGGAUUCCAUGAUGCCUUGACUAUAGACAGCCAUGUGGACUCAUAUUUCUUCACAAUUGCAUAGACAAUCUAAAUCUUUAGCUUAAAAGUGAGAUCUCAAUUCUGGAACUUGCAUCAUCAAAUAUGCAAGACCACAGCUUCAUGUGAAUAAAAUAUGUGCAAGACCACAGCUUCAUGUGAAUAAAAUUAUGGAUUUAUUUUCUUGUACAAAUGUUCUUUCCAUCUGUCACAGCCAGUUUUGACUUUAAAAGGAUUUUUUCCGCUUUAGACAAUCCCUUUUUCUUUCAAAUAUGCUCCAAAGAUAAGCUGACUGCAAAGAGUCCCACUGCUGGAACCACCAUCGACCAUUUGUAAUCUGUGGGGAAUCCAAAAACAAGUGUUGAGUUUCCCGGCAGCUCCACCUAUUUCCUAUUUUUACAUUAUAUAUUUAGGCUCAUUAUAGCUUGGUAUUAUUUAUCUACAGUAUCAUUGGUUUUUCGUAUAUUUUUGCAUAUGUUAUUGGUAUUUGCACACAUUGAUUGCCUGGGACUGUGCAACACUGCUGCAUGUGGUGGGGAACAUAGUACACCAUAUCUCUGGGAAUAUAUUGGGACUGCAGCUAUGGCAACUUUCA